GAACACAAUCAACUCCUGAGCACAACUACUAGUCUAGGAUUACUAGUCAAUUAUCGACCACUUCAUUCAUCGUCGCCGGGAUGUCAGACGCCAAGCAAAUCGCAGCACAAAAAAGGUAAAUACACACGUCUGGCCAGCUUUAGCUUUUCAUUUCAUAUUAUUUUUAACCGCGUGUAAAUAUUUGCUCUCUGUAUUUUGUUUAAUCUAAAAAAAAGCCGGCUAAAUGAGCAGUAGCGACAGCCUUUUAUUGGAUUGACUCAUUAUUUGUCUGUAAUGUAGCUCACAUGUAGGUCAUAUGCAUCACUGAAUUGAAGGAAAUGUAAUCUUUGUGUCCUUACAGUGCUAAGAUUGCAGCUGGAGCUGUUGUGUGUGUUGAGAGUGAAAUAAGAGGAGAUGUGACUAUUGGUAUGAAUCAGCUUAUCAUUAUAAACUACAUUUUAAUGCUACAUCUCUUAUAAUUCAGCUGGUAUAUGUUUACAAAUAAGAUGAGAUAUUUUUAUUCUUUUUUUUUCAGGUGCUAGGACAGUUGUCCACCCCAAAGCACGGAUUAUAGCAGAGGCUGGGCCUAUUGUGAUUGGAGAGAGUAAUCUAAUUGAGGAACAGGCUCUUAUAAUUAACAGGUGCAGACUGUAGUACAGACUAUCCAAUUAGUUGAUCCCUAUAGUUGCUCCUUAUGUGGUUUAGACUGACUGCAUGUCUUUUUUUUUCUGCAGUUAUCCAGAAAAUAUCAUGCCAGACACAGAGGGAGUGGAGCCGAAAACAAUGACAAUUGGGGCAAAUAAUGUAUUUGAAGUGGGAUGUGGUAUCCUUUACACUGAAGUGACAUAACUGAGAAAUGAAAUAUGAAUUCAGUUAUCAGGAAGUAUUUGGAUGGGUUAAAGAUGUGAUCAAGCUAAUGCAGCAGCAGUGUUUCUAGUAUCCACCAGAGAGCAGUCAAGCUUUUUUUAGCUUUCAAGUGUCCCACUCAGUAAACACAGUAUACCUCAUCUUUCUUAAUGUGCUAUCUUUGUUUAGAAAUAAUCCUUAAUGACUCCUCCACAGUCUCCCAGGCUUUGAAAAUAGGAGACAACAAUGUGAUUGAGUCUAAAGGUAAUUACUGUAAUCACUCUCUGUAAUCCCAUUAAGAGUCUGCAACAUGGAAAAAGUACUUUAUUACUGCUGAAUUUACCUCAGAGUACUGAUAUACUCUGCACCAGGGGUGUGUCCGGACUUUUUUUGACUGUGGUGGGCCAACCCGGGGGGCACUGACAUAUGCUGGGGUGGCAUGAAGUGUGUAAGCACAAACACUCAAGGUCCUUCCACACCGGGGCCGACGCGAAUAUAGAACGCAAAAUUAUGAAAUACCUGGAGGCAAAUUUUGACGCACCUGACUAUACAUAUCAAGCCCGAUGCGAUUUUGCAACUUUCCGGGUGGAAAAAAAAAAACAUCCCGGGGAAAGUCCCACCUCCUUCGCCUCUGAUUGACUAGAAUAGCUGGAAACUUCAUCACACGCUCAAGCCAAAUGGUCAGCACUUCUAGCCAAUCAGAGGCGAUAAGAUAAGCACAUGAAACUAUGGUAACAACCGUUAGCUAACGUUAGCACAGAUGAAAGUUAAAACAAAGACGUUUAGCAAACUGUUAAAGCCGGUCGGCCAUGUUGGAUACACCGCUCCCGGUGUGAAAGGACCUUACCUCAGAAUUUCCACCACAUCCGGAAUGGAGGCGAUUUUCACCGUCCACCAAUUCCUUCCAGAUCCAUUUGUGAGGCGAAUUUUGUGGCGGACAGCGGGAAUCGCAACAACUCAUUAGAACCUGCAGAUUCAUGUGCAAUCGCGUAAUAAGGAGUUGUCUCUGUAAAGACAGUCACAUAACUUGAAUGGUUUCGAUCAGCUGCGAUCAGCAGAUACUGCAUUUUCGUAGCCGUUCCGGAUGCGUUGGAAAUUGGGGGUUAGGAUGUUCUGAAAAGGACUGCUCUGCUGGUUUAACAGAAAUUUGAAGUCCUGCCAGCUAACUUGUCUAAAACAAAACAAAAAAAAUCACAAAAAAGUUAUGGAAAAACUUACUUUUACAGUUUGGAUGCUAAAAGAAAUUCAGACCAGAACUAUUUACUAACCUGAGCUGUAAACACGUAUAACUUUGCUGUAAAAAAUGUGCAUUUUCACAUUAGUGUUCAUGAAGGUUGCUUGGGUUUUAGCUUCCUGCCUUGAGUGGCCAUUUGAGGAACUUGGAUAUUUAUUUAAUUUUAUGCACCAGAGAUUGCCAGCUUAGUGUAAGAUUUAAGGGCAGCAGCAUGGGUGGCCAAUCAGAGGGGAAUCCACACCACUCAGCCAUCUCUGUAGAUCCAGCCCUGAACCUCAUUAAUGGAAUCAAGCAGUCUUGCUUAGUGAUUUACAGCAUUUUAAAGUAUUGUUUUUACUUCUAUAACAUAUCAGAAAAUGUGUUUUGUCUGUGUAAAAUCCCAGCUGAUCUUGGGAGAAACGUGAUUCUGACCAGUGGGUGCAUCAUCGGCGCGUGUUGCCAGGUCAACACGUGUGAGGUCGUGCCAGAGAACACAGUCGUGUACGGUUCGAACUGCAUUCGGCGCGUGCAGAGCGAAAAGCCACAGGUCAGUCUCCUACGUUGUUUGUCUACAUGCCUGCCGGUCACGAAGUUUUGUUUACCUGUGCACAGAUGCGUGUAAACAGAGUAGCUCUUUUCUGUUUUUUUUCAAUCUUUCAGCCUCAGACUCUGCAGCUGGACUUCCUUAUGAAGAUUCUGCCCAACUAUCACCACCUGAAGAAGACUGCCAAAGGAGGCACGCCUGUGAGAAACUAAGAUGAAGCAAUAUAUGGUGAAGCAUCCCAAAGCCAUUGCACACAUUCUCCUCUCAACUUGCACUUGUCUUACACUUUAAUGUCAAUUUAAAAACCUCUUUCACUGUUAAUCCUUUAUAUCUUCUUAAAUCUGAGGAAUUAAGUUAUUGUGAUUAUGCUCUUUUGAUUUCAGACCAAUAUGGAGAGUAUUUGUGAUUAACUUUUAAAAUUUCCUGUGCCAUUUUAUUGAUUAUUCCCAUAUAUAUUUAUAAAGCUGAUGAAAAAUGAUAUAAUUAUCGGAAUAAAGAUGAUAUCAUCAAGCUUA